UAUGGUCUAUUUGUUUGUGUAUGGGAAUAUUUUUGAUGUUUGGAAUGUUUUGAUUAUAUGUUUAUGUGAAUGUUUGUGGACAUGUUUUUUUAAAUUUUUGUUUGUUUUGGUAGGAAUGUUUGGGAGAAUGUUUGGAUGAUGUUUUGUUUGUUUCAGAGGAAAUGUUGUGGUAAAAAUGUUUUGGGAAAACAUUUCGGAUGUUUUGUUUAUUUCGUGGUUUUUUAGGAAAUGUUUGUGGAUGUUUUAUGUUUUGUUUGUUUUGAUGAUUUUUAUAUAGAUGUUUUGGAAAAAUGUUUGUGGGUGAUGUUUUGUUUAGAUUUAUGUAAAUGUUUUGUGUAUUUUUUGUUGCUCUUUUCUUUGGAAUAAGUAAAACAACUUAUUGAACAGCAAGAAAAGGUGGCUGGCGUCCUUGUACGCACACAUCUCCUUCCCUCGUUUAGUUGCUUAUGUUUAACCCUGUCUCUGGACAAAUUUUUAACUGAAACUUUUGUUUAAUUUUCGUUGAAUAAAUGAAAAAUGAAACAAAAAAUGUCCAAAAUUUACCCAAAGAAUUAAUUUUCGAAUUAAUCCGUUUCAUUCCCUUUAAUUCAAAAUGGGAUAAUACCCUAAUAUCCAAAUUUUUUAAUUUUUUAAUUAUCAAAUUUCAACGAAAAUGGAGAAUUUAUAUAAAUAAGGUAUAUGAUUUUGAGAGUCUGCGUACUUCGGUUGCUCAAGAAUUUAAUGGGAUGAUUGUUAAUCUUAAAGAAAUUGAAAACCCUGGUUCUCAUGUUGGUGUUAAUGAGGUUGAUAAUCUCAACGGCCAACUUGGCGUGGUUUUCGGUCAACUUAACAUAAUCGAGAAACUCAUUCCUUCUCAUAGUGCUGCAAUUAAGUCUUUUAUCGAUUUGAAAACUUGGUCUGCUGGAGGGACGCAUGUGGGCGACUUUGAUACGAAGCAGAAGAAGGUUAUCGAGGUGUUGGAGUUUAUCAAGAAUAAAGUUGUUGGGAAUUUGGGUGAAGCGGAAUUGAAUGCGUUAAAUGGUUAUAUAAUCUGCUUAGCUCAAGGCGUCUCUGAGAUUCUUGAGUACUACAACCGAAAGUGUGCGCAAGAUUGA